AUGGGAGAAAAGAAUAAACAAAAAACGGUGCAUGAAUCAAGAAAGGAAGGUGCAAAGUAUGAAUCCGUUAACGGCCCGAUUUCCGAACUUGACCAAUUCAUUGAUGAACGGAUCAUUCUUAAUGUGGGUGGUAUUAAGUAUGAAACUUAUCGUUCUACGUUAACGGCCUACCCAAAGACUCUCUUGGGUACAAUGUUUCACCCACGUAAUCGAGCAAUGCUACAUCCAACGAAUGGAAAUGAAUAUUUUAUUGAUAGAAACGGAUACAUUUUUCAUUAUGUAAUGGAAUAUUAUCGUACCGGCAAUAUAGUUUGGCGUCCUUCUUUUGAAUUACCUAUUGGGAAUUCUGCUUCGUUAAAAAGUUCAAAUUCUUCCACAACGACCGUUUCUUCUACUAGUUCGACUUCUAAUAACAACAAUACUAGUAUUAGUACUCAUACCGAUUUAAACAAUGCUACCGUGCCUACUGGUGCUGCUUUGGCAGCUUUAUCUUUGACAACGAACGGAAUUUUAUCGUCUACCUCUAAUGGUGUUAAUGGAUCUAAUAACGGAAUCAUUUCAAAAGGAGUUAUAAUAAAUAAUAACUUAACUAAUAACUCGACUCCUCCUAUUUCCCCCACCACAUCAGAUAAACCUACCACCUCAAAUAAUCAUUAUCACGUGUUACAUCAUCAUCGUCAUUGUUGCUCUCAUUCUAAUUCCAAGUCGGCUCCUCCAAUAUUCCCUCCUUAUGUUUCUUUGCCCGAAUUAGAACAAGAAUUCUCUUAUUUCGGCAUCCCAUUUACUUCCCCCUUGACAAUAGCGCAAGAAACUGGUGGUGCUUUGUUAGAUGAAUUUGCUUAUUCCAUCGAAGACUUGUUGUGUACCGCCAUCGCAAAAUUAAUUGAUCGUAUUUCGAUUACUUUCUUUCGCGAUGGCUCCCUAUUGGAGUGCAUUUUGAUAAAACCACCACAAGUAUGUUCAAACUGCUCGGCUGCAGGUGCACAUAAUUGUCCCGGACGUUGUAGUAAUCAUGGCGGUAAUGGCGCUAAAUUGAUUGAAUUUAGUUUAAAUGGUUAUUGUAUUGUUAAUCAUUUUUAUGAAGAUAUUAAAAAAUAUUUAGAAAAAGUAUUUCCUAAUAUGAUUUUUAAAUUGGAAUUUGGUAAUAAUUAUAAAUCGAUUACCAUGUCUAUGUCGAGCCUAUUCACCCGAAAUGCCAUUCAAAAAUAUUCCAAAAUUGUUAAAACAGAUGGUGAUUCAAAUGAGAAUAAUAAUAGCAAUAAUAACCUUUAA